UCCCUUUUUUUAAGGUCCGGAAACGUUCUACACCGUCCCGGCCCAGACCCGACACGUUGACGGCCCUAACUAGUAACUACAGGCCUUCUUAUGCUUCACCGGAAAAUUAUUUUCUCAUCCAGCUUGAAAAAAGUUCCCGCCAAAAAUCCCUGGGAAGCUGAAGGGCAAGCGAACUUGUUGCUGCAACUGCCAUGGCGACGACCUCUCCUACAACUGCUUCAAAUCAGAUCCUCGAUACUAGAACCAUGUCGUCCGCAUCCCUCAGAAUGGUUUGUCUGCAGGAUUGGUGGCUGGUUAAAUCUGAACAUAACUUCCAUGGUAAGAGAUUAGCUGUCGGAGGGUUUGCGACUAGACAGCGACUGGCAGGUAGAGUCUUCUGUUCCACACCGAUUAUCAAGAGGCAUGACAGCUUUACUGUGGAGACAGCAGAUGGUGUUGUAGUUACAGUUAAAGGUUUAAUAAACAAUGCUCGCACAUGUCAAAAUGGCUUUUCUACUGAGAUAUGCAGUCAUUUUCUGUUUGGUUUUCCCUUCGACUGGGAAGACUAUACCAGUUACUUUUUUGGGAAUGAAUGUACAACUGAUUCUGGAGGCGCUUUGACAAAUAUCAAGGGUUUCGAUGAGACAGAGGUGCACUCGUACAACAGUACAAAUCAUGAUAUGCCAUUUCACUUGGAUAAAUACCCAGUAACUGAAAUACGUGAUUGUUUAAUAUCCAUCACUGGUAACUCUGGUAAUUCUGCACUACCAAGUAGUAUCUUUGCUGAUAUAAUAGAAAAAUGCACCAACAGUAUUUCGGAAAAGGCUGGAGAAUUGGUUCACAUGUUUAUAAACGGUUCUAAUACAUCAACAUCUUUGUCUAGUUUGUCAGCGGAAGCUUCAAGAGAAUGUAAGAAGGCUAACUUAAGACAAAAUGAGAUUGACAAUGAUAUCUUUCCUGCCACCAAUGGAAGACUUGAAUGUGAAAAUGUAAAAUUAGAAGAUCAAGGUAACCUCAAUCAUGAUGGUUGCAAUGAGACUAAAAGUGAAACUCUGAAAGAUAAGUUCACAGUUCAAUCAGAUGAUGUCCUAGAGAAUGCACCAAAUGAUUCUUUGUUCCGAGUGAAAACAGAACUUGUCCGCUUAUCUAAGGUAGAGCUGGUUGAGUCAAGGUCAACUUCCAAUAGAAAUGGUGUAAGAGGGUCUGGUCUAGAUGUUUUAAAGAGAAAAAAGAGAAGUUUCUCAACAGUGGAGAGUAAUUAUCUAACCAGAUCUAAGAGGUUACAAAAUAGGGAAGAAUUGAGUGAGAAUCCACAUGGGAAAGAAGGGGAAGAACAAAUGGUUUGUUCUCAGGUCUCCAGAGAGGUGUCGGUUCUUCUUAAAUGGUGUAUGAAGGAUAAGGUAAAGAGCAAUGUGGGGACACGUCACGGAAAGGUUGACUGAGCUGUUUGAUUGGUCAUAAUUGGUGUUUUAUGUUAUAUUUGAUUGGUCAUGUGCAAGGAUUCUCACUCAAUUCUUCCCUAUUGUCAGAUUGAAGAAUUCACGGGAAUUUUUUUUUUUUUGAAGACGGCCUGAACAACAAAUCCUAGGCUGAAAAAAUUCAACUAUUUCAAUUGAAUUCGACUUUGUGAAUGAUAUUUUAAAUAUUUUUCAAUGUAAAGUUAAAUGUGCUGGUAUAUGUAAAUGAAAGUCAUAUAUCUUUAAUUUUCUGUUUGAUCCUCUUGCGUGGAUAAUUG